GUAGCGGGAUGUUGUUGUCUGUUAGCAAACCAAGCUACAGCCGGUAUGUUAGCGGGUGAAUUCAUGCACUGAAAUUGCUUUUUAAAGUGCCUUUUUAAGUAAUUCUAAAGUGUGUGUAUGCAUAAAGUAUAACAGUUACAAUGCAGGUGUUUAUCUCUGUGCGAAUGAGGUUUUUAGUAAACUAAACAGAGCCAGAAAGCAUUCGAUUAUACUUUCGCCGAUGUAAAGAAUGCAAAGGAAAGCUACUGAAAACAUCGUUUUUAUCGAGCAACAUCGCUACCUCCUUCAAAAUGACCGAGAGAGCCAACAGAGACAAACACAAUCGACGUUUGUCCUUGUCUGGUGGUAAGAAGAAAGGCGGUGUUAAAGCUGGGACUAGUGCCAAAGCUGCCACCUCAACUCCUAUCACGUCGUUCUUCAGCAGCAGCCAGCCGCCUCCUAAGCUGGCCUGUCCUCUGUGUGGCCUACUUGUACCAAGAUUCAGGAUCAAUGAGCACAUUGAUCUGCAGUGUCAAAACUUUGAGAGAGAAGACAGCAGUGCCACCUCAGCAGGCAAUAGUGUUGUGCCAAGCAGCCAGGUGUCACCCAGAAGGACUCCCUCCAAGUGUCCAGAUAAGGACCUACAUAAGACAGAAGAUGUCAAAGAACCCAAAACUAGUCCUUAUUUCCAAAAGAGGAGUUUUCAGCAAGAACCACGGCAGAUACAGAGUAAAACAGUAGUCCGGACAAUUGAACUGGGAAGUCUCUCCUCCAAGCUGUCCAGGAAAUAUCAUAAAAUAUCUGAGAAGACAGGUGACAUUAGAGAUCCUUGUGAGACACUCAGCAACUCACAGAAAGAAAACCUUCCCAGUCUCAGCUCAGAGGACAAGGAAGAACAUGGGACUGUCAUUGAUCUGACAACAAGCACAGAUACUGCACCAGUAUUAACAGAUCUGUCAUCUUCAGAAAAAGGACCUGAUCUUGAAGACUUGACAUCCAAAUCAAAGACACUGAAGAACCUGUUUACACCAAAAACUCUGUCUCACGCUUCCACUAAACUAACAAAAAGAAAAAAGGAAACAGCUUUAGCUGCUGAUGUGUCUGCGUCCAGCAAGAAAGCAAAAUAUGAGGGAUCCAACAGCGAGGCGGAUGAGGUCUUUCCUAAUGAAGCUCCAGAUGAGAAAACUGAUGUAGAGCAGGAUGCAUUUCAGUCACCCUCAACCGACUCAUGUGACCCUCUUUCAACUUCUCAAGAAACAUUUGAGAACAGUGCUGCAGUUUUCAGUGCUGAUGUAGUAGAGUCUGGCUUUGAGAAAACCUCCAGUGAUCAGACAGUUGAGAGCUCUUAUCCCCCACGACUGCCGUACUAUCUCCGUAACUUCCUUACGGUACUCCAGGCUGUGCUAGAGAAUGAAGACGAUAGAUUAUUGUUCAACCAGGAUGACAUGUCACUCAUACAUGCAUUUGAAAAGCUUUCAGUCAUGGGACAGAAGCUGUAUGUGAGGCUGUUUCAGAGAAAGCUGAAGUGGCUUCUGGUAAAUAAACUGGAUUAUGAAGAGAUAUGCAGUGAUCUGGCCCCUGUAGCCCAGGAGCUGGUUCAAAGUGGUUUUCUCCAGUCAGAGAAUGAUCUUAAUGACCUUGGAGAGGCUCUGGACCUGUUGCCUGCUCCUGAACUUAAAACACUUGCUAAGACCUUCCAUCUGGGAAAUUCUGGGACUCAGAAACAGCAGCUAGUGGACGGCCUUCUUCGUCUAAGCAGACAAAAGUCCCUCUUCUCUCUGACUCCUGCUCAAAACAAUAUUGGUGCUGUCAUCCUCAAGAGAUCAAAGCAGCUUGCAGGAUCAUGUGUGCGUCUGAAUCGUGGUCCUCGAGCUGUCUUUUCCCGUAUCCUCCUGCUCUUCUCUCUGACGGAUUCUAUGGAUGAGGAAGACAUGGCAGCUGGUGGACAAAGUCAGCUUUAUACCAUCCUGCUGGUCAACUCAGGACGUCUGGCCUUCCCAGAUUAUACAGUACAGCGCAGAACAAGGGUUUUCCAGGACAGAGAGGACCUUAUAAACUAUGAGGCAGCCAUGCGAGCCCUGCAGGAAGUGGCCUCAGCUAUGCAGGCAGGUCAGUGGGAAGAGGCCUUGGAACUUUACACUGGUGCCAAAAGUGUUUGGCAGGAACUGAGGAAAAAUCAUGACCUCAGUCACCAGGAAGAGCUGCCUGUAUUUCUGCGCAGCUUCACCACAGGAUGGGCCUACAUGCGUAUCCUGUCCAGAGGGGUGGAGAUUUUACAAAGGCUUCGUCGCUAUGAGGAAGCUGUAGAAGAGCUCCAUGCCUUGCUAUCGCAGCCUGUUUACUGUCAAGACAGCCGAGGACGAUGGUGGGACAGACUGGCUCUAAACCUUCAACAGCAUCUUAAAAAAUAUGAACAAGCGAUAUGUGCUAUCAGAGAUGGACUGUCAGACCCUUUGGUGCGAACAGGACAUAAACUCUCCCUCCAUCAGAGAGCUGUUAGGAUGAAAGAGUCAGCUAGCUGUAAGAAGUAUCGCCUGAAACUCAGAGACUUACCCACUAUACACGUCCAAGAUGUCAGACAUGUGACCAUACAGGGACAGCUGUUUCCUCAUGAAGGGGGUAUGGGGAAAUCUUUGUUUCUCAUACCGGCAAAUGGAAAUGGGGCAGAACACGCUAAUGCCACUGUGAUAUGCUCUGUAGAAGAACUGUCUUUAGCACAUUACCGCCAACAAGGUUUUGAUCAAGGGAUUCAUGGAGAGGGAUCAACAUUUUCUACAUUAUUUGCUCUGCUGUUGUGGGACUUAAUCUUUAUGGAGGGUGUGCCAGAUGUUUUCCGAAAUCCAUACCAGACGUGUCCUCUUGAUCUUUACACCGACUGUUUCUAUGAGAACAGAAAAGAAGCCAUAGAUUCUCGGGUACAGCUGCUUAGUGAAGCCUCCGUGGAGACUCUGCAUAACAUGAUGGAGGAUGUGUGGAAAACACAUGAGGGCAAAGUGUGUUCAUUGAUCAACUGGGAGAGAUUCUCCUCUCUUCAGCAGGCACAGUCUCUUGUGUCUUGCCUGAGAGGACCCUUCUUAGCAGGGGUUAUAGCAAGGAUGGCAAAAGACUACCGACACUGUCGUGGCGGUUUGCCAGAUCUAGUGGUGUGGAACACCUCAAACAACACCUACAAGUUGGUGGAAGUAAAAGGACCCAAUGACAGGCUGUCCCAGAAGCAGCAGAUCUGGCUGGAUGAGCUGCACAAACUGGGGGCUGAUGUGGAGGUGUGUCACGUGGCGGCUACCGGAGCCAAAGGAGCUCGUCUGGAAUAAACCCACACUGAAGAGAUGGACUGCAAAUGAGAUUGUGUGGUCAAAAUAAUGGAAGCAUCAUCUGACAGACUCAGAAAAUUGUGAUUGUGGUUCACAGACCUUCUUACUAGUGAUGUGAAUCUUUAUCUCCAAAGAGGAUUCAUUUUUUGUGUAUCACAAAUGUAAUCCUGUUUGAGAACAGUUAGCGUUCAGGCAAAAAAAUCUGCCUUUAAGGAAUCCACUGCUCCCAGUACAGAGAUGAGGGCAUUAUGAGAGAGAGAUCACACAUCAGUGGAGCUGGCAGAAUCAGAAAUAGCUCACUGACAGAUAAUCAAAGCUGAUGCAUGACAGGAGCCAACAACCAUAUAAAACUGAUGGUGUUUCCCUUUUUUUGGCAACACUAUUCUCAUGAUUUUUGGUUGCCAAGCAACGAAAACACAUUUAUUUGGCUGAAGAUGAAUUGCAUGACAGCUCUACGAGUUUGUUAUGCAAGUAAUUACUGUGAUAAUACAAUUAAAAAUAUGCACAUGAACCACACUACAAAAAGAUUCAAAAAAGAGAAAACAGAAUUAAAAUAAAAGAUGCUGCAGAUAAUGAUAGAUUACUGGUUAAUUUGUCAGUGCUUUUCUUGAUUAAGCAAUUGUCUGUUUCAACUUCAAAUGAUUUCUCAAGUGAUACUUAAUUACAUAAUUUUAACAAUCUUGUGUUUACAGAUGGUUUACACUGGCCAGUAUCUUUUGACUAUUGAAAAUGAUCAAAUCUAUAUUUCAUUAGAGUUUCCCAGUUUUGUUCUGGGUCUACACACUGAGAAAGUAUGGCACUUAAUUAUUCCAUCAUUGAUUAAUCUGUUGAUGCUUUAUUUCAGAAAAAUAAUAAUUGUUUUGACUAAAAAGAGUGUAAAUGGCUCAUCACAAUAAAAAGGCAAUUACUCAAAAUUACAUUACUGCAGUGCUUUUUUGAUUCCAAAAAAGUUUCCAAGACUGAAAUACACUGAAUCUAUGACCACAAAGAGAAGCAGACAACCCUCAUGUUUGAGAAGCUUUAACUUAGCAUGUUGAGAAAUAAUUCAAUAUUAAACAUUUCAUCUUGAAAAUGUAAUGUUACCAAAAAGAUCAGCCACUGAAUUUUGUCAAUGUGUAAAAUGUAAUAACUGCUGCGAUGCUUUGUUCUGAACUGUAAGAUAUUAAAGGUAAAUGUUUCUCCUC